AUGAUAAACCAUUUGGAGGCAAGACCAUUUGUAUUUGGAGGUGACUUUCGACAAAUUCUUCCAGUAAUACAAAGAGUAAAUCGUUCAGAUAUUGUGCAGGCGUCAUUGCAUUCAUCAAGAUUAUGGCGUGAAUGUAUAGAUUUACGUUUGACUGUAAACAUGAGGCUUCAGUUCCAUUGUCCAAACAAUGAUUUCGAAGAGACAAAAUCAUUUGCUGAUUGGAUUCUUAAAGUUGGUGAAGGUACUAUCGAUGGUCUUAAUGAUGGUGAAGUUGAAGUUGAAUUUCCAGAAGAUAACAAUCUUGAUGAUCCAUCGCAUUUUCAAGAUAAAGCUAUUUUGGUCCCUACUAAUGAAGAAGUUGAUGUUAUCAAUGACUACAUGUUAGAAUUGAUGAAAGAUAUGUUAGAAUUGAUGAAAGAUGAAGGGAAAACAUAUCUGAGUUCAGAUUCCUUGUGUAAGACCGAGACAGAAGAUUCUUUUGAGGAAUCUGUAUACUCUCCGGAUGUGUUGAACGCUUUUAAGGCCUCCGGAAUUCCUAACCAUAAAUUUAUACUAAAAAAAGGUGUUUCGGUCAUGUUGCUUCGUAAUAUCGACCAAACCAGAGGACUAUGCAAUGGUACUAGAUUACAAAUCGUAAGGCUUGGAAGAUACGUCAUUGAAGCACAAAUCAUACCUGGUAGAUUUUUCAAUGGGAGUACUUAUAUACCUCGCAUGAAGUUGACCCCAUCCGAUAAAAAAAUUCCAUUAUGUUUUCAACGUAGUUAUUUAUACGUAUUGUCUGUGUAUAAAAUAGGGAGAAAGAGAAUGAGUGUGAAAAUGUUGGUUUAA